AUGCUUGAAGUUGAGGGCAUUUUUCCUGGCAAGCACCCUUCCCCAGUUGAGAACAGUGGCUGUGGCGCUGCUUACAUGGCAGACUUCAGCACAUCUUCCCAAAAGAAGCGAUGGAUUUUCAGUGCAGAGGAAAUACAUAGCAAGAGGGCCAGCUGCAACAAGAAGAGCGCAGAAGCUCUCAUCAAGUUUGGCAGCACGGACCUUGACGCUCAGGCUGGGCUUCCGGACACGGGCAGAGCGGAAGGGGGGCUUCCUGGAGCUGGGCCAUCCCAAGGCGGAGCUGCCCCUGCGCUGCCUGCGGUGUUGAGCGUGGCAGAUGAGGCGGUACUGCGCCGGCACUAUGAGGGCAAGCUGCAGCCCGUGUGCAAGGCCUUCUCCUUCCCGCACAAAAUACAGGCGACCGCCCUUCUGUACUUCAAGCGCUUCUACCUGCACCACUCCGUCAUGGACGUGGACCCCAAGGACAUCAUGUUGACGUGCGUGUACCUGGCGUGCAAGGUGGAGGAGAGCCACGUGUCGGCUGACGAGUUUGGCAAGGGCAUCAAGCAGGACCCCGCCGCCGUGCUCAAGAACGAGCUGCCCGUGCUGCAGGCCCUAGACUUCGAUUUGAUCGUCUUCCCUCCGUACCGGGCGCUCGAGGGUUUCUGUCACGACAUGGAGGAGCGCAGCCUGGUGUCGUCUGAGGAGAGGGCCGCCGCGUCGACCAGCGGGCGCGACUGGCUCGACGAGGCCAUGCGCACGGACGCCAGCCUCAUGUUCCUGCCGGGCCAGAUUGCUCUUGCGGCCCUGCGUGUGUAUGCCCAACGGGAGAGGAAAGAGAGAAUCACAGGGUAUGUGAAGGAGACUUUGGAGCGGCUGCAGGGGGCGGAGUCACUGGACCGGCUCAGCGCCACGCUGGAUGACAUCACUGCCAUGGUAUCAAGUGCGGGCCCGCUGCCGGAGGUGGCGGCCGUGCAGAAGCUGGACCGGCAGGGCAAGUUUUGCCGCAAGCCAGAGCUGUGGCGGGAGCUCGAGAGUCGGAAGCGCGAGGAGAAGAAGGCGCGGAAGCAGCAGCAAAAGCAGAAGCGGGCGAGCCACGACGUGCAGUCGAGGGAGGCGCCACCCGAGGAGGACCCCGCUGCUAGUCAAGAUAUGAAGCGAAGAAAAAGCGAACCGGCCGGUAGCGCCGCACCUCCGGGUACCUGAUAAGACCACCGAUCAAGACCGGACACCCAAGGUGGCCUCAGCCAUUGCACCUUCAAAACCUACGAUCUCGACGUUUCCUGGUGCAGCGCUGCGCUUAGCAAAGCAUCACCUCUCGAAUUCGCAGCUGUCAUUCCUGAGCUGAACAACUCAGUAAUCACAAAAGAUGGUUGUGGCAAGGCCGUUGUGACCUACUAAGAAAAAUCAUUGGUUCUACAUUGCUAUGUAAUGUUCAG